UUGAUAUGAUUAUGUGUGAUUGUAUGUUAAAGCUGGUAGAAGCAAUAGAAGCUGAUAAAACCGUAAAAGAGCAUUGAAUUAAAAGUGCCGCGUAAGUGGCUUAAAAUAUAAGUAUUUGAUAAAUGAUAAUAAAUUAAAUACAAUUUAUGUAUCUACAGUGUUUAAUACACACUUGUUUAAACAAUUUUUGAUAUGGAAAAUAUACCGGGAAAUGAGAAUCAAGCUACACAACAUAGAAUGGAUAUUCAGCAGAUGUCCCAUCCAAUGCCACCUAUGAUGGGUAUGGCAUCUAAUCAUCAUUCUCCAAAUAUGAUGGAACCACCAAAAACGCUACCUAGUUUAUUAAGCUUGAAAGUAACACCACCAACAGAAUUACAACAUCAAAAUGCUGUAGAGGAUACAAUAAGAGAAGGAGACAAUGAUACAGUUAAACUUCCAGCCGCUUUAGAACAAGCUUUAGCUUUUAAAACAGAAAGAGCUAAGGAAGUAGGUGGUGAUCCGAAUGAUAUGGUCUCUUUAGGAAAAUCCACUAAUGAUGAAUCUACAGGGGAAGAUGUUCCUCAAUUAGAAGAUAUAUUGGAACCAGAAACGACGAUUGAAAAAGUUGAUUCAAAGACAACUAAAAGUAAAAAGAAAAAAAAGAAGAAGAGGAAGAAGAAUACAAAUGAAAAGAAAGAAUUAGAGAAAAAGCAAGACCAAAUAGAAGAUAAUAAAUCGAAAGAAGAUCUACCAGAGAUAGAAUAUAUUCAAGAAAUCCCCAGUAUAAAUGACUUGGAACCAAUGUAUCGUCAAUUUGCCAGAGUAUUUGAAGCAUUUAAAUUAACUGAACCAGAACCUCGUUCUAAUGAUGCAGGAGAUAAGGGUGAACCAAUUGGUCAGUAUCCUCCUGUUACCAAUAUGCAAACUACGGGUAAUGUACCCAGUAAAAUACCACCUCUGGAUGACUUUGAUGACGAUGUAGGUCAACAACAACAACAACAAGGUACCGGAGAAAAUGGUGCUCCACGAUUAUCUAAACGAAAACUCAAGAGAUUAACGCGACUAAGUGUUGCUGAAUUAAAACAGCUUGUAGGUAGGCCUGAUGUUGUAGAAAUGCAUGAUGUCACUGCCAGAGAUCCCAAGCUUCUUGUACAACUUAAGGCACAUCGUAAUACCGUACCUGUACCAAGACAUUGGUGUUUUAAAAGAAAAUACCUACAAGGAAAACGAGGUAUUGAAAAGCCUCCUUUUGAUUUACCUGAUUUUAUAAAACGUACUGGAAUCACGGAAAUGAGAGCAAGUUUGCAAGAACGUGAUGACACUCGUACUUUAAAAGCAAAAAUGCGUGAGAGAGCAAGACCUAAAUUAGGUAAAAUUGAUAUUGAUUAUCAAAAACUUCAUGAUGCAUUUUUUAAGUGGCAAACGAAACCACGUAUGACAAUUCAUGGUGAUCUUUACUAUGAAGGUAAAGAAUUUGAAACUAGACUUAAAGAAAAAAAGCCUGGUGAAUUGUCUGAUGAAUUACGCACAGCAUUAGGAAUGCCUGUAGGGCCGAAUUGUCAUAAAGUACCACCACCAUGGCUAAUUGCUAUGCAGCGUUAUGGUCCACCACCAAGUUAUCCUAAUCUUAAAAUACCAGGCUUAAAUGCUCCGAUCCCAGAAGGGUGUGCCUUUGGAUAUCAUGCUGGAGGUUGGGGAAAACCACCUGUUGAUGAAACAGGUAGACCUUUAUAUGGAGAUGUUUUUGGUGUAUCUCGUACACCAGGUGGUGAUGCUCUAGAUGAAGAAGUAGAUAGAGGUAUGUGGGGUGAACCCGAAUCUGAAUCAUCUGGAGAUGAAGAAGAAGAUGAAGAUGCAGAGGAAGGUGGAGAUGGAGAAGCAGAUGGAAAAGAUGGAGAUGGGGAUGCAAGUGGAUUGGUUACACCUGGUGCAGAAGGAUUGAUAACACCAAGUGGUAUUACAUCUAUUCCAGCUGGAUUAGAGACACCAGAAACAAUAGAAUUGAGAAAGAAGAAAAUUGAGAGUGAAAUGGAAGGUGGAGAUACUCCUGCAUUGUAUACAGUUUUACAAGAACGUAGAACAGAAGGUCUAGGUGCAAGUAUGAUGGGAAGUACACAUGUGUAUGAUAUGACAGGUGCAGCAGGGGGUCAAGCACCACCCUCUGUCAUUGCCGCACGACGUGGUAUCAGUGGGACAACAUCUGAUGCAAGAACAGAAAAAGAUGGUGCCGUUGAAUUGGCAUUAGAUCCUAGUGAAUUAGAUCUUGAUUCUGAAGCAAUGGCAUCGAGAUAUGAGGAAACCAUGAGAUCACGACAAGCUCACCUUAGGAGGGAAGAUUUAUCUGAUAUGCUUCAAGAUCAUGUACAAAGACAAAAGAGUAAACGUAAACGACAGCAAACACAAGAUACAAAAGCUUCUAAAAAAUAUAAAGAAUUUAAAUUUUAAACAUUUUAUUAGAUUUCAGAAUAUUCAAAUUGAUUUAAAUUAAACCUCAUUAAAGGAUAAGAAAGAUAAUGAAGAACUAAUAAAAUACAUGGUAAAGUUAUUGCUAUAGUAAAUCUACUAAUAGCACUACCAAUCUCUAACCAACUACCAUAUGGAUUAACAUUAUACAUAAGAGGUAAAGACAAACAAUCUCCUAGAAAAAGGACUGCUAAAAAAGCUCUUCUUGAUCCAAGAAUAUGACUUGCACACCCUAUCAAUAUUAAAGGAAUAGUUAGCUUAAAAAGUAUAAGUGAACUCAUAAUAAAUGGAGAAAAAACAGUAAUAAAAUGUUGUGUCCAAACAGGAUCAAAUGAGCUUAUGCUUGCCAUGUUUCCUGUUCCGAAAAAACAUAAUAAUGUAUAUAACAUCUAAAUUUCAAAAUUAAGGAAUAUAAUAGAAAGCUCAUUAACUUAAUUACAUUAAAGUAUUUUAUGUACCAUGAAAUAUAUCUGAAAGUUUUUAAACAAUUAAAAAAAAGGAUACAAAGAAUGAUGCUUUAGUGAAAUCUUUGGUACUUAAAAUAUUAUCAGUAGUUUUAUCAAAAUCUUUGAUAGAUAAAGGCCAAUGCAGUAAAUGUAUUGCAAGUGUUAAAAAAAAGAAAGGUUCAUAAGAUGCAGAUAAUAAGGAAAGAGGACAGAAAAGACCAAUUGUGAUUCCUUCUAUUCUAUCUUUUGGAUUUACAGUGUAAGUCCAAAUAAAUAAUGGUGCACUUGCUAAAAUUAUCCAAGAAAUCCAAUAUCGGCCAUCUAUUAAUUUUAAAUAUACCAGCCCUGUUAUUAUUAAUCUCACUAUCUCAAUUGCCUUUUUAUAUUUUAGUUGAUGCCUUAAAGCAACCUUGCAUAUCAUAAUACAUAUACCAAUUGAACUAAAAUGGAAAAAAUAGCAAUUAAUAACAAUUUAUAAAUAUGGAAAUGUCAAAAUAUUUACAAUCUAUAACUUACACUAUAUAAAUCCGAGGAUAGGGUUCUACUAUUGGCAAUAAAGGAUACAUGGCCAAAAUCAACCCUGAACAUAACAACAUAUUAUGUGUCUUGUUCAAUAUUACUUUUUGCAUUAUAAUAAUGAACAACAUUCCUGCGCUAAGAGCAGCUCUAUACGUUAAACCCAUGAACAUUAUAAAUAACAAAAAAAUAGUUCCUCCUAUUUCUAUUAGGAAUUUUUUAAUAUUUUGUUUCCUUAAUUUAGGAACAAAUUUAAUUAAAUUUAUACCUGCUAACCAGAGAGAAAUGACAGUAAAUAAUCCAUAUGAUAACUGUCUUAAGUUAUAGCCACUACUUCCUGAAAAAUAACAGGAAUUAAAAAAAAACAUUUCUAUCUUAUUUUUAUAUAAUUAGUAUUGAAAAUAUAUUUUAAAUAAUUUAGAUAGUAUAUUAUAUAUAUCAUACCUGUAUAUCUGAUAAUUAAUACAAUCAAUGAGCUUAAAAAUAUUAUAUUGACUAAUAGUAAUAAUGAAGAUUUAAUUUCUUCGCGUGGUAUUCCAACUAUCUUGAGGAAUAAAAAUAUUAUCCAACCACUCCACAUAAAUGUCAUAUACAUUAAAAAAUAAUUUCUUUGAUAUUGUUUGUAAUAAUAUAGAUAUUCUUUGGCUAAUUUUAUUGCUUCUUCUGCUUCUGUAAUUCCGUUUACCAUCUUUCCUUUAUUAAUAUAUUCAUUAAUUUCCCAAAUAUGUUUGUUAAGUGUAAGUUCUCGCCAAUCCAUAAAAUCAUUACUACUUCCACAACUAAGUAUACGAUUCUCUGUUACUUGAUAUGAUAAUUGUCUUAAAUUAUUAAGUAAAGCUUGUGCAUUAUAUGUAUCAUUAUUUCUCAAGUAGCGUUUUCGUAAUACACCCUAGUAAUAAUAUAUAAAAAUAUUCUAUAUAAAAAUUUAUAAAAAAUAUUCAUACUUUAAGUGAUUUAAUAAGUAAUAUUUCUAGAAAUAGCUCGAAAAUAAAAAUUUAAUACAGAAUAGCUGUAGCACUUACUUCAUUGUUAGUUGGAAUAGGUGUGCCUAUAAGUGUUGAUAUUAAAGGAGUUAUAUCUGCCUGAUCCAGAUCAUAACGUGUUCCAGUGGAACUUACACCUGCACCCCAAGCAAUUAGUGGUGUCUCUGUUUCAUCAGUAGAUCCACUUCCAUGUGAACCCCAAUCAGUCAUUCCAUGAUCAG